AUGAGGAAUCGAAGGAUUGCUGUUUCGUCGUGGCUUUCGGCGGAAUGCCCAAUGGAAAGAUUUCAUGCUGAUGUUUUUGAAUAUGUUGGAAGAAAGUUUUUAAUUGUGGUGGAUAGUUUUAGUUCUUUUAUUAUGUUAAGAUUGUUAAAAAAUAUUUCUAGUAAUGCUACAAAAGCGGCUUUAGAGAAUAUUUUUGCAACGUAUUCGAAGACGGCUGUAAUUGUGUGUGAUAAUGCUACGAAUUUUGCUAGUCAGGAUAUUUUGGAAUAUUUUAUGGAUAAUAAAAUUUAUCCGUCAUAUGCAGUGCCAAGACAUAGUCAAAAUAAUGGAACAGCAGAAGUAGCAGUAAGAUUGAUAAAACAAUAUUUGAAAUCUAAGGAAAUAAAAAAUAUAGAUGAGAGUGUUUUAAAUGCAGCUAUGUUAUUUGUAAAUAGUAGAACUAUGGUAGAUUAG